AUGGCUGGCUUCAGUCGCAUUGGCUUUAUGGCCAUUGCGGUCGCUUUCCAUCUGGUCUACAUCUUUUCCAUCUUCGACAUCUACUUCGUUAGUCCGAUCGUUUCGGGCAUGCGGCUCUUCAGCGUCGAGCGUCCAGAAGGCUCCCCCAAAGCUCCAGCGGACCGGCUUGUGCUCUUUGUCGGUGACGGAUUGCGAGCCGACAAAGCCUUUCAACAACACCCCGAGCCCUACCCUAAAUCCGAUGAAGACCUCGUUCCCCGUCAUCUAGCUCCCUACCUUCGCUCCCGAGUUCUUGAACAUGGAACAUUUGGUGUCUCCCACACGCGUGUUCCAACAGAAUCGAGACCAGGACAUGUGGCCCUCAUUGCUGGCUUGUACGAGGACGUAUCAGCCGUUGCCACAGGCUGGAAGAUGAACCCGGUCGAUUUCGAUAGUGUUUUCAACCGCAGUCGACAUACUUGGAGCUGGGGAAGCCCGGAUAUUCUACCCAUGUUUCAACACGGUGCUGUUCCUGGCAGGGUAGAUGCCUUCGCAUACGGCGCUGAGCUUGAGGAUUUCUCCAAGGAUGCGACUGAGCUUGAUUAUUGGGUCUUCGACCAUGUCAAAGAUUUCUUCGCCGCAGCUGCCACGAACGAGACCCUCAAUGCUGCUCUUCGUGAGGAUAAGGUGGUUUUCUUCCUUCAUCUGCUUGGUCUUGACACAACCGGUCACUCUUACCGACCAUAUUCCAAAGAAUACCUCCAUAAUCUUAAGGUGGUGGACCAAGGUGUGCAGGAGAUGGUAGAGCUUAUCGAGAACUUUUACGCCGACGACCGAACUGCUUUUGUGUUCACAGCCGAUCACGGUAUGACAGACUGGGGUAGUCAUGGCGAUGGCCACCCUAACAACACCAGAACCCCUCUCAUCUCGUGGGGUUCUGGUGUUGCCACUCCUGAGUUACACCCUGAGAGCAUUGCACCUGGUCAUGAUGAUUUAUCUUCGGACUGGAACCUGGACCAUGUUCGCAGGCAUGACGUUGCUCAGGCCGAUGUCGCCGCUCUCAUGUCGUAUCUCAUCGGUACUGAAUUUCCAGCAAAUGGUGUUGGUCAACUUCCAUUGAGUUUUCUCUCAGCAAGCACGAAGGAAAAGGCAGACGCCUCUCUAGCCAAUGCCCGAGUCAUUCUCGAACAGUACCGAGUCAAGGAGGAGAACAAAAGGAAUGUAGAGCUGCGAUACCAGCCCUAUGGACCGUUGAGUGAGGACGAACGUAGCCCAGAGCAACGUACUGCUCAUAUCCGCUCCUUGAUUAAAGCUGGUCAGUUUGAGGAGGCCAUUGAAGAAUCUGACGCACUGAUGGCCAUUGGACUUGAGGGACUGCGUUACCUUCAGACUUACGACUGGUUGUUCUUGCGUGCCUUGAUCACCAUCGGUUAUCUGGGCUGGAUGGCUUAUGCUACCACGACCGUCCUUUCUCUAUAUGUAGUGCAAGCGAGUAUCCCUCCUCAGCGCACUUUACUAGGAUCUGUCCUGUUUUCAUCGGUACUUGUCGCCCUUUACUCAUCCUUCAUCGUCUCCAAAUCUCCCCCAUCGUACUAUCUGUAUGCAUUCUUUCCUGUUCUGUUCUGGGAAGAGGUGUAUGCUCGCAGGGCUAGCAUUGCCAAAGGCUUCCAGGCAUUGUUUGGCCAUGUCAAGUCCGGUGGUGCUGUGGCUGCCCUGGCCUUUAAUGUUAUUCUUUACUUCGGUGUCAUUCAAUCUUUGGCCGUGGCAUAUAUUCAUCGCGAGGUUCUGACCGGUCUAUUCGUCCUCGGUGCAUUCUGGCCGAUAACAUUGGGAAUCUCAUUCUUGCAGUCCCACCUCUUUUUGAGCUUCUUGUGGUUUUUUUCAUGUCUAGCUAUGAGUACUUUCACCCUGUUACCUGCCAUGAAGGUCGAAGACAUAUCUCUCAUCAUGGUUGGUGGCGGCUUGAUGACUGUUGUCGGUUUGGCAUAUCUGGUCCUUGAAGAUUUCAUCUUGUCCGACUUCACAUCCUUCCAGAGCAAAUCGAAACGUCUCCACACGAACCGAAUGCUUCUUGGUAUACAGGUUGGCCUCAUAGUGCUUGCCAUGUUUGUCACUCAUUCUAGUGCAAGCUCACUACAGGCCAAGCUCGGUCUUCCCAAGGGUAAUCAAGCGGUUGGCUGGGUUGUUUUAGUUGUAUCGUUACUCAUGCCCUUGGCGUAUCGGCUACAGCCCAACAAUCACUACAUGCAUCGCCUUGCGAUCAUCUUCCUGACAUGCGCCCCUACGUUCAUCAUAUUGACAAUCUCCUACGAGGGUCUAUUCUAUGUUGCUUUCAGCAUAACUUUGUUGGCGUGGGUUCGUCUCGAGUAUGCAGUCCAUGCCUUUACACAAGGCCGAGCCAGGAAGGAAACGACUGUCGCUGAACAACAGAAGCGUGAGCUGGGCACUUUCCGGCCAUUGUCUCUUUCCGAUGCACGGAUCGCACUCUUCUUCAUGGUUCUGCUUCAAUCAGCAUUCUUCAGCACUGGCAACAUUGCCUCCAUUUCUUCCUUCAGCUUGGAAAGUGUAUCCCGGCUGAUCCCCGUGUUCGACCCUUUCUCGCAAGGCGCAUUAUUGAUUCUCAAGAUCAUUAUCCCCUUCUUCUUGAUAUCAGCUAAUCUAGGCGUGUUGAACAAGAGAUUGGGUGUGGCGCCUUCUGCCCUCUUUAUGGUUGUCCUUACAGCCAGCGACUUUUUGACAUUGUACUUUUUCUGGGUUGUCAAAGACGAGGGUUCCUGGUUGGAAAUUGGCUCAACUAUUACUCACUUUGCUAUCGCUAGUUUCCUCUGCGUUUUCGUUGCCGCAUUGGAACUGGUAAGUGCGGCUUUCAUUGCUGGCAUUGAGGUUGAGCAUGAAGACCAUACCACAACAAACGCUACGGAUUCGAGAACAAAUGGACAAGCUCCGCCAGUGCUCAAAGCAGAGUAG